AGGACCAGCAGCGACCCUUCAUUCUUGGAUGGAUCUGUGUCCCCUCUGUUUUCCAGGUAUUGCCAUGUGAGAGUACCCGAGGGGCUCCUGAAAGACUUAUUACCAGGACCAGUGACCCUGGUGUUGGAACGCUCUGAGGAACUUAAUAAGGAUCUGAACCCCUUUACUCCUCUCGUAGGCAUCCGGAUUCCUGACCAUGCCUUCAUACAGGAUUUGGCUCAGGUGUUUGGGGGGCCACUUGCUCUCACCAGUGCCAACCUCAGCUCCCAGGCCAGUUCUCUGAACGUGGAGGAGUUCCAGGACCUCUGGCCUCAGCUGUCCCUGAUCAUUGAUGGGGGACCAAUCGGGGAUGGCCAGAGCUCUGAGUAUCGCCUGGGCUCAACUGUGGUUGACUUAUCUGUACCUGGAAAGUUUGGCAUCAUCCGCCCAGGCUGUGCCCUGGAGAGAACUACAGCCAUCCUCCAGCAGAAGUACGGGCUGCUCCCCUCACACGGAUCCUGCUCGUGA